GAAAUGGCAUUAUCGUAAUAUGAGCAAUACAAUGGGCUUUAAAAGAUUUAAAAAAAUGUGGGCUGAAUGAGUGCUGAUAUACAACACACUUCACUCGUAUGAAUCGCCGUCCUGCUGCAUAUAAAUAAUAAGAUAAUACAAAACCCCAAGGUAGGUGGUUUAUUUAUAACUAGGUAUUCAUCACUCUCUAUCGCCGGAGAAUCGUCGGAAAACUCGUCGGAGAAUGGAUUCAGAUUUCGGAAUUCCAAGACAACUCUCUCACUUGCAGAAACUCCGAUCUCAAUAUCAGCCGGAGCUUCCUCCUUGUCUUCAGGGAAAAAGUGUGCGGGUUGAGUUUAGUGAUGCAACUGCUUCUGCAGACCCUUCUGGUGCUCACACCAUAAGUCGAUCCUUUCCACACACUUAUGGUCAGCCGUUAGCUCAUUUUCUUAGAGCAACUGCCAAGGUGCCUGAUGCUCAGAUAAUUACUGAGCAGCCAGCAGUAAGGGUGGGAGUGGUUUUCUGUGGUAGACAAUCACCUGGAGGACAUAAUGUCAUAUGGGGACUUCAUGAUGCUCUUAAAACUCAUAACUCCAGCAGUACUUUGCUCGGGUUUCUUGGUGGAUCUGAAGGUUUAUUUGCCCAAAAGACUCUUGAAAUCACUGAUGACAUUCUUGCAUCCUACAAAAAUCAAGGUGGUUAUGACUUGCUGGGAAGGACAAAAGAUCAGAUAAGAACAACAGAACAAGUGAAUGCUGCGUUGGCUGCAUGCAAAGCUUUGAAGUUGGACAGCCUUGUCAUCAUUGGGGGGGUAACAUCAAACACAGAUGCUGCGCAGCUUGCAGAGACUUUUGCAGAAGCAAAAUGCCCUACAAAGGUGGUUGGUGUUCCUGUUACAUUGAAUGGGGAUCUCAAAAACCAGUUUGUUGAAGCAAAUGUUGGAUUUGAUACUAUCUGUAAGGUCAAUUCCCAGCUUAUUAGCAAUGUCUGCACUGAUGCCCUUUCAGCGGAGAAGUAUUAUUACUUUAUCAGACUCAUGGGCCGGAAGGCAUCACAUGUUGCUCUAGAAUGCACUCUCCAGUCCCAUCCAAACAUGGUUAUUUUAGGCGAGGAGGUGGCUGCAUCAAAACUCACUCUUUUUGACCUUACAAAACAACUGUGUGAUGCAGUGCAAGCCAGAGCAGAACAGGACAAGUACCAUGGUGUCAUCUUACUACCAGAGGGGCUUAUAGAAAGCAUUCCUGAAGUUUAUGCUUUGUUGCAGGAAAUUCAUGGUUUGCUCCGUGAAGGCUAUUCAGUUGAUAAUAUAUCCUCACAAUUGUCACCGUGGGCAUCUGCCUUGUUUGAAUUCUUGCCUCCCUUUAUUAGGAAACAGUUGCUCCUCAAUCCUGAAUCAGAUGACUCUGCACAACUCUCUCAGAUUGAGACAGAGAAGCUUCUUGCUCAUCUCGUGGAAGAAGAAAUGAACAAGCGCUUGAAAGAAGGAACAUACAAAGGGAAAAAAUUCAAUGCUAUAUGUCACUUUUUUGGCUAUCAAGCUCGGGGAUCUUUACCGUCGAAAUUUGACUGUGACUUUGCCUAUGUGCUUGGACACAUUGCUUAUCAUAUUCUGGCGGCUGGGCUUAAUGGGUACUUGGCAACUGUAACCAACCUGAAGAAUCCUGUGAAUAAGUGGCGUUGUGGUGCCGCUCCGAUAACUGCAAUGAUGACUGUCAAGAGGUAUGGUAGUGGUCCAGGUGCCGCAUUUAAAGGGAAACCUGCCGUUCAUCCUGCCACUGUGGAUUUGAAAGGCAAAGCAUAUGAGUUGUUAAGUCAAAAUGCGACAAAAUUUUUGCUCGAAGACAUCUAUAGAAAUCCAGGACCCCUUCAGUUUGAUGGUCCUGGUGCAGAUGCAAAGGCCGUGACUUUAUGUGUUGAGGACCAGGAUUACAUGGGUCGUAUAAAGGAAUUGCAAGUAUAUCUUGACAAGGUCCGGACAAUUGUCAAACCAGGAUGUUCACAGGAUGUCUUGAAAGCAGCAUUGAGUGCCAUGGCUGCAGUGACAAACAUUCUCUCCGUGAUGUCAUCCCCUGCCAAUAGCGGACUUUAGAAGAAAUGUCCUGUAUUUAUCUUUUAGGGGAUUUUUUAUUAUGCGGCAACUUUUCUGAUUUUUCUUCAAUUAUGACCCAACAACUUUAGGUGCAAAAAUAGAUAUGAAGAUAAACCUUGGUGUCUGAAAUUGGCAACUUCUUCAUUUCGAAUAAUUAUAAGAGUGGCGCUGGUGUUUAUGAUUGAA